AUGGCCUCCAGAGCGGCACCGGACUGCCCGGAGACGCUCGCAGCUGCGAAGCGGCUCCUCGAGGACCAGAUGGGAACCGUGCGGGAGUCGGCCAUCAAGGCCAUCGCCGCCUUGGUCCCGAAGGGCUCGCGGGAGGCCAUCGACUGGAUCUCGCCGAGGCUCGACGAUUGGCAUGAGUCCGUGCGCCGGGCGGCGGUCGUCGCAGUUGCCAAGAUCGCUGAAAAAGGCGAUCAGCACGCCAUCGAGCUCGAGAAGAGUGCCUGCGAUGACAGGUCCUGGAUCGUGCGGAAGGCUGCCACCGACUCGCUGGCCGCUACAGCGACGCUGAACGACCUGCCGUCCCUUCGGAAGCUGGCGAAGAUGCUGGAGGACUUCGAUCCUUUGCCGCGCAUGGCCGCCAUCUAUGGCAUGGCCGAGCUCUGUGGGGUCGGCCAUCGGAAGGCACAGGCCUCAGCAGCUUUGCUGUUUUGCACCCGUCUCGUGCCGCUUGCCACCACCACCACCACCGCCACCACCGCCACCACCGCGCUGAUAUCGUUGGUAUUCGUUGGUGUGCGGCGAUGCUACAAGCAUUCCAUAGCGACUACUGUUCUGCGAUUUGUAGCGAAAGCAUGCAUGUCACGCUGGAGAACAGUUGUUGCCAAUGCAACCAACAGUCCAUCCUUCUGCGCAUGCCGGACCUGCACGAGCUGCGGUGAUCAGCUGUCUUUUCUAGUAUUGCGCUUCGUCUCCAUGUCAAUGUGCGCAUGUGCGAUCUGCAUGCGUGGUUUGGAUUUGGGCUCGCAGGGUUCGACGCAGGCAAGUCUAGAGGAACAUUGA